CUCAAUCUUCAGAGGUAGUGAGAGUUGUAAAACAUAAAAAGGACGGUUCAUUGGAAGCGUUCGGUGACAUUAUCAGAAUUAAAGUAAAUCUUUUUUGCAAAAUAGUUAAUGAAAAUUUCCAAUUAAAAGAACGCUCUACAAUCACUGACAUGCAGUGAACCUGUCUGCCCACCCAAGCGACUGGACAAGAAGGCCAAACAGGAUCCUCCAGAUUCUGCUGGCUGUGAUGGUGCUAAAAAUUCAUUAAGACAGGGAAGACCGAGUCCAUCAGCGGCGGGCUGUCUGGAGUCCUAGAAGCCUGGCAGAAGAGCGUUCGGCCUGGUCCUUUGAUCCGCCAACCCGCGAGAUGCCCUCCCUCCCCAACGAUGGAGAGGAUCAAGGAACAUCCCCCGUGAACCUGUCCUAUCAGAAUGGUGGGAAGAGGAAGGUCCGCACCAAGAAGAAGAAAGGUUCCAUCGCAGCCAACGUGGCAGGAACCAAAUAUGAGAUCGUGCGCAUAGUGAUCGGGGAAAUGGCUUUCCUGAAAACCAGAGACGAGGACGAAACGGCCAAUCUCAUCUGGAACGACUCUGCAGUGCAGCACGAGAAAAUCGCUGAGCUCAGGAAUUAUCAGAGAAUUAACCAUUUCCCGGGAAUGGGCGAGAUCUGCCGAAAAGACUGCCUGGCCAGGAACAUGGCCAAGAUGAUAAAGAGCCAGCCUCAGGAGUACAGCUUCAUUCCCAAAACCUGGAUCUUCCCCGCCGAGUACACCCAGUUCCAGAACUACGUGAAGGAGCUGCGCAGGAAACGCAAGCAGAAGACAUUCAUCGUCAAGCCCGCCAACGGAGCCAUGGGUCACGGGAUUUCCUUGAUCAGAAACUGCGAGAAGCUUCCGUCUCAAGACCACUUCAUUGUCCAAGAGUACCUGGACAAGCCCUUCUUGAUGGAAGGCUACAAGUUCGACCUGAGGAUCUACAUCCUGGUCACUUCCUGCGACCCCUUGCGCAUCUUCCUGUAUGACGACGGGCUGGUGAGACUGGGCACGGAGAAGUACCACCCGCCCAGCGAGUCCAACCUGAAUCAACUGUACAUGCACCUGACAAACUACUCUGUGAACAAACACAACGAGCACUUUGAAAGGGAUGAGACUGUGGACAAGGGCAGCAAGAGAUCCAUUGGCUGGUUCACUGAGUUUCUCCGCACCAAUGACCACGACGUGGCCAAAUUUUGGGGCGACGUCUCAGAGCUGGUGGUGAAGACCCUCAUCGUGGCCGAGCCUCAUGUCCUCCACGCCUACCGCAUGUGCCGCCCCGGCCAGCCUCCAGGGAGUGACAGUGUCUGCUUCGAGGUUCUGGGGUUCGACAUCAUUCUGGACCGCAAGCUGAAGCCAUGGCUUCUGGAGAUCAAUCGAGCUCCGAGUUUCGGGACGGAUCAGAAGAUUGACUACGACGUUAAAAAGGGGGUCCUGCUCAAUGCUCUGAAGCUGCUGAACAUCAGGGCCAGCGAUAAGAGGCGGAACCUGGCUCAGCAGAAGGCAGAGGCCCAGCGCCGGCUUUACGGACAGGGAUCCAUGAAGAAGCUCUCGGCCGGCUCCUCGGACUGGGAGAGGCAGAGGCACACGCUGGAGAGGAGGAGAGAGGAGCUGAAGGAACGGCUGGCUCAGGUCCGUAAGCAGAUCUCCAGGGAGGAGCAUGAAAACCGACAUCUAGGGAACUACAGACGUAUUUACCCCCCAGAUGACAAGCUGCUCUUGGAGAAGUAUGAAAGCCUGCUCUCCGCUGCCUUUCACACGUUCCUCGCCGGGCGAGCCGCCUCACUUCAAAAGGAAAUGAAUAAUCCUCUGAAACGAAUGAAGGAGGAAGAUAUCUUGGACCUCCUGGAGCAGUGCGAGCUGGAUGAUGAGAAACUCAUGGGGAAAUCGUCUCGGCAACGAGGGCCUAAGGCCCUGUCGUCCAUGCCCGAGAGCACCCAGACGCCGGUGAAGAAAGGCAGGGACUGCAGCAGCGCCAGCAGCUGCAACAACAGCAGCUCCUCCGGCUCGGAGGAGGAGGAGAAAGAGGACCUCCAGGAGAAGAAGGAGAAGAAGGUUUCAUACGACCUGGGGGAGGACAAAUACAAGCCAUCGGAGCGUUCCAGCCGGGUACACUGGAAACCUCCAAUCAAGCCUGUCAGAGCCGGGCCCUCUGCCUCUCCCACGCUAUCGGGCCCGAUCCGCCGCUCCAUCUCCUGCCCGCGCUCCAUCUCCUCGCUGAUGGCCCAGUCGCCCGGCGCCGAGCCCCGCCCUCCCGCCGCCAAGCCGUCCACUGCCGGCGCGCGGCCCAACUCCGCCUCGCGCUCCCACUCGCUGAACCGCGGCGGCUCCGCCCACAGAGUGCCCCACAGCAGCAGCCUGGGGACCAUCCAGGCCAGCAUGGCAAAGCCGCUGCUGAACUUGAGAACUAAAGAACAGGAGGAGGAGCUGACGCGCCAGACCUUGGCCGCACUGAACGAAAUGAGGAUCCGCUUCCCUGGGAAGAAUGAGGAGGAGGCGGAGAUGGUCUUGGAUGACAUACUUGAUAACUGGAAAUAUCAUAAACCGAAAGUGGCCUCUUAUUGGUUGGUGAAGUUAGACUCCACAAAACAAAGGAAGGUCUUGGACAUCGUGCGCACGAACCUGCGCUCGGUGCUGCAGAGGAUCUGGAGGGAGCCCGACGUGGACAGUUUACAUUUAUACCGCCUUUUCAAUCGUGUCUUUAACCGCCUGCUCUGGAGUCACGGCCAGGGGCUGUGGAACUGCUUCUCCAACUCUGGGUCUUCGUGGGAGACCAUCCUGAAUAAGAGCAGCGAGGUGGUGUCCCCGCAGGAGCUGCAGUGCUGCCAGAGGCUGGUGCAGCUGUGCCGGGACUGCCUGCUCGUGGUCUACAAGUUCGUGGCCGACUCCCGGGGUUCGCUGACGGGCCUGAGCCCGGAGUGGGACGACACCAGCUCACCACUGGCUGGAGGAUCGGCCUUGGAAUCGCCUUUUCCCACCUCGCUCCUCGACGCAGGUAUCUGCUGCCAGUGACCUCCCAGUUCAUUAUGAAGUGGCCUUCCUCCAGCUUCGGACGCGUCUCCUCGGCCAUGCCACGCUCGCGCAGCCUGUUCACCACCAGGAUGGGGCAGUUCUGAGGAGAGGAGAGAGGAGGGAGGGAUGGAGGGAUGCGUGGGGGGCCAUGGGCUGUGUCCCAACUCUGGAGAUGGGCAGAUGUGUCUGUUGCCGGAGCCCUUCAGCACUCGGGUUAGAAGGACUGGAUCCCGCCCAUGUUAACGGCUGUACUGAACAAGGGCCACAGCAGACUGAACUGUGCGUCCCCCGCCUCAUCCCAAGCUCUACCACAUCAGCUGCAGAAGGCUAGCCAGCCCCGGACGCUCUGUCCAGUCACGCCUGCUGUAUUAUACCUGACCGCUGUACAGCUCUCACAGUACUGUAAAAAUGAAACUAAAAACAAAGCUAUUCAUUUAUUUUCACAUGUAACCGAUUCCACGAAAAACAAGAACGUUAUGUAGAUGGAAUGACAUUGCAGGUAACCCCCUAUUUGAGAACUAAUGUAAAUUGCUUAUUUUUGCUGUUGAUGACAAAUGCAAAAUAGUUUUGCAGCUUUUUUAUUUGAAAGGUUGUAACAUCCUUAGAAACGCUCCUCUCACUAUUAUGCAGUACAGCUGCUUUUCCGAUUCAUCUGCUCAGUGCAGCUUCCAUUCUGUACAGUGCGGUGAAACAUACAAUAUACAAGAAUCCAAAAGGCUUUCAGAGGCGUAAAUAUACCAUCUCAGCCAACACAUCAUCUGCUGAAUAAGUCUGCAGCUUAAGAGUCUCGCCUCAGUAAUUCCGUUUAUUGAUUUUGAGUCCGGGACGGAAUAUGAGCGUUGUUGUUAAGUGGAGAUAGCAAUGUCCACAAGGAAAACAAUGAGGUUUUCUGAUCUCACAUUUAGUUGUUUAGUGUACGGCUGCACAUUAGGGAGCCAAAGGACACCGUAGAGAAUGUUAUGUGGAAUAAGCGCCUCGCAGUAUGUUAAGGUGGGACUUGGUGUACUGCUGUCCUCUGCAUUAUUUCUUGCAUGCGUGAAAAAAAAAAAAAAACAGUUGCUGAUUCCCUAACCCCCCACUGGAUAUGAGCAACUGCUUAUGGGAAAUACUUGAAUUAUUUUGUGUUGCAAUUGCAUUAACUAACUUAUUUUGUCGUUUUUAAAUACAUGUAUGUGUCGUCUUUUAGUAGUAAUAUCAUGGGUUUAAGGCACCUAUUUACUGUAUGAGGAAGAGCAUUCUUUGUGAAGAGUGUUAUGCUGCGUUUGGUCAGUGUAUCCAGCUGUAACCAAAGUGCAUGGUUUCCUCCCUGAAUGAAGCCAGUUAUGCCAUACAGUGUUAGCAGCUGUGUCCUAUUUUUAGUCCAUCAGGUGUAAGUGCCAGUGCAAAACAGUGGUAUGCCAAUAUAAAGCACUACCAGUCAUAUGGUAAUUGGCCAUCAUUGCGGCUAAAAAAUGUGCUUAAUUACAGUAGGUUCCUUUUUAGUUUGUAUUAAUAAUGUCUAUGGAAUCAUAUUCUAAACAUUAGUUAUAUUUGUACAGUGUAAGCAGACAGUGUUCAGUUUUAUAAAUUAUUUAAUUUUAAUGGAUGAUGGAAAACCCAGAGGUAUUGUCUGUUUUUAAAAGGGGUCCUCCAAAUGGAUUUGACCUUGUGCGACAAAUAUACUUUAGUUUUCCCCCGAUUGUGUCAUUCAACAAUGCCAAACAUUUUAUCUUGCCUGCAUAUAUGUAGAGUACUGCUGUAUAUUUCCUUUGAGAAUAUGAAUUUUAAGUUUACAUAGCAAUAAAAUGCUUCAAACAUUACAA